UUAAUUUGUAGCAGAUAACCUAAACUCUGUCACCCUCUACUUGAAAGUUGAAACACAAAAGCACAAACAUGAACAACAUUGGCGUCCUAAUGACAUGUCCAAUGUCGGAAUACCUUGAAAACCAGCUUGAAAACCGGUUCAGCCUCUUCAAGCUAUGGAACCAUUCAUCUCCCAAACCCGAUUUUUUAAAGACCCACUCGAGUUCCAUCAAAGCAGUCGUGGGAAACACCAAAAUCGGAGCCGAUGCAAAUAUGAUCGAUUCAUUGCCCAAUAUGGAGAUCGUUGCGAGCUAUAGCGUCGGCCUCGACAAGAUCGAUUUGGGUAAGUGUAAAGAGAAGGGAAUUAAAGUGACUAACACCCCGGAUGUGUUGACUGAUGAUGUAGCUGAUUUGGGUAUUGGGUUGGCAUUGGCUGUUUUGAGGAAAAUGUGUGCUUGUGAUCGGUUUGUGAGGAGUGGGAAUUGGAUCAAUGGUGAUUUUGGAUUGGCUUCAAAGUUCAGCGGUAAAUCAGUUGGAAUUGUUGGAUUGGGCAGGAUCGGAUCAGCAAUAGCAAAAAGAGCUGAAGCUUUCAACUGCUCUAUCAGUUACCACUCAAGAUCUAAGAAACCAAAUACAAACUACAAAUACUACUCAAACAUUGUUGAUUUGGCUGCCGAUUGUCAAAUCCUUUUCGUGGCAUGCGCUUUGACAGAGGAAACUCACCACAUCGUUAACCGGAAAGUUAUUGAUGCAUUGGGUCCUAAAGGUAUUCUUAUCAACAUCGGACGAGGUGCACAUGUCGAUGAACCUGAGCUUGUAUCUGCAUUACUCAAAGGUCGGUUAGGCGGAGCUGGACUUGAUGUGUACGAAAAUGAGCCUAACGUACCAGAGCAACUAUUCUCACUUGAGAACAUUGUCCUAGUACCCCAUGUUGGUAGCGACACCGAAGAAACAAGCAAAGCAAUGGCGGAUCUUGUAAUAAGCAACUUGGAGGCACACUUUAAAGGUAUGCCAUUGUUGACUCCUGUUUUAUGAUUUACAUUAACAUCGAGACUUAUAUUGAUUGAUCACUAUUUGAUAGAUGCCAUUUCUUAGUCGACGGAUGAUUGAUCCAUAGAAUACAAGUUAAAACCGUUUUUGAUAAUCUUCUUGUUUCUUUGCUUGAAUAUAAAUUAUAUGCUAAUUCUGGGUGGUUGUUAGCA